AUGACUGACCCAAAAUCUCGAACGAUUGCAGUGCUAGGCGCCACUGGUAACCAAGGGGGCGGGGUGGUGCGGGCUCUUCUCACCCGACACCCGGAUCUCUUCACCAUCCGUGCCAUUACACGCGACCCGAAUAGCCCUGCCGCGCAGCGCCUUCUUCACGAGCACGAGGGAAGCGGCAGGCUGACCUUGGUUCAAGGUGACGUAUACGACGUGCAGAGCCUGCGCCUGGCGUUCAAGGAAGCCCAUGGAGUUUUCGCCGUCACAAAUCACCGCAGUCCAGAGGGGGCAAUCAACAGCGAGGAAGACCUGCGACAUGAAGUGCAAUCCGGGCGCAACAUAAUUGACGCCGCAAAAUACUGCAAUGUGCAGCAUUUCGUGAUUAGCAGCUUGCCAAACAUCAAAGAAGCAAGUCAUGGCCAGUUCGGAAAAGUCUAUCACUUUGACCACAAGGAUGAAAUUGAGGUCAUGGCCCGCUCGCAGCUGCCUGCCGUAACGGCCUUGUUGCCCGAUGAUGGGACUGUCCGAUUUUGCGCUGCCAUCCCCGGCAAUGUCCAGUCAGAAUGGGUGGAUCCUGGAUACGACAUUGGUGUCUACGCGAGCGAGGUGUUCGCAAAGGGACCAGAUCUAACGAGAUCUAAGCGUUACCCUGUGCUUGGCCAAAAGAUGGCUUUUGCCGACUUCGCCGACAUCUUCACAAAGAUGACAUCUCAACUAGCAUAUUUCGAUCCCAUCUCGGUCGAGGAAUGGGGUGACACUGUGACGACCCAAGUCGGCCCGGGAUUCAACGAAGACAUCAAAGAGAUGAUUGAAUGGAUUGCCGUGGCUCCAGUCGAUAAGAUUUGCUAUGGCACAAUGGAUCCCUCUGAGGAUUUGUCACGCGAAGACCUCGGCCUCGAGGCGUCGACUUUUGAGGACUGGAUGCGCAGGUCGCAAUGGGAAGGGCCGCCCAAAGUGGUCCGUUAG